UUCUUCCAUCCUUGACAUCCAUGGAAGAUCUGAACAUGCUGGCCGCAGAUUGUGUAGUCAUAUCUUGUUGCUGCCAAUGCUUGAUACUACAAUCGAUCAUAUUCGUCUUGCUCAAACUUCCCCGCAAAGUCAUUCAGAAGACCAGAGCAUAUGCUAAGAAGAAGCUUUGGCACAGAAAGAAAGAGAAGAUAUUAGAAUCGGUCAGGGGUAGGUUCCAGGAUAGUUUUGAUAAAUUUCUAGAAGGGUCUAUAGAAAUCCAAGUAGAUGACUUCCAUGGAGGGCAUGAUUGUGAGAGCUGCAUUGAGGAAGUUGAGGAAGUCUUAGAAGGAUUUUCUCAGAAGGGGGAGUUUGCUUUCGGAAGCUUUUGGGGUAGGGUUGGAUCAGUGACCUCUCCAGCAUGUAUAGUAGCUGUGCAGGAAUUUGAUUUAAGUGUUGCACAGUUUGAAGUGGUUGAAACAAUCAGUACAUCUUUCAGGCAUUCAUAUUAAUAAAGCAAAAAAGUAAGUUCCAUUUCCAA